AGUCAACACACACAGCCCUGCUGCUCACACACACACACACACACACACAGUAAUCUGAUCUUCAGGGUGUGUAUCUCACUCUAUAUAAACCAGUGUCACUGAUAACCAGGACUCUCACACACUGAACCCGGGACAGAAGAGCGGAUCUCACCAGGCCAUGCGUCCGUCCAGAACUCCAUCGAAGUUCACCCAUGAGUAUCAGAGUCUGAUGGAGAUGGACGGAACCUGCGGGACGUCGCUGAGCAUCUUUGAGUGGGCUCUGAAGGGCGACGCCCCGGCUCUGGAGGGUGACGGGAGUAAUCUGGGCGUUCGGGAUGAUGGAGGAGCCUCGCCGCUACACUAUGCCUCCUCUAAAGGACACAUCCGGGUCAUCAACCUCAUCGUACAGAUCGCCGGCUCUCAGGAGCUGGACAUUGUGGACGAUGAUGGGAACACUCCCCUGCACUGGGCCAUUCAGCAGGAUCAGCAUGGAAGCUGUUCGGUUCUGCUGAGUCUUGGCGCGAAUCCUAACAUCCUGAACAAAGCGUCUCUCUCACCGCUGCACCUCGCCGUCAGCCUCAGACACAACCACAUAGUGGAGCAACUCCUGACACACAGCGAGACGGACGUGAACCUGGAGGGAGACCUGGGAAACACACCUUUAAUUCUGGCCGCUUCAGUGGACAAUCACGAGGCGCUUCUCAUGCUGCACAGGAACGGCGCCAGACUGUGCUGCCAGAACAAGCUGGGUCUCUUCCCCAUCCACGCUGCCGCCUUCGCAGGAGCCAAGAGGUCCAUGGAGAUCGUUCUCCAAAAAGGAGAGGAGCUGGGCGUGCCCAUUGCGAGACACAUAAGCUACGUCGACAAAUCCAUCAGCAGUCCACUUCACCUGGCCGUACGAGGAGGAAACCUCGAGGUCAUCAAGCUCUGCAUCGCUCACGGAGCCAAAAUCGACCAGCAGCAGUGUGAUAAAUCCACUGCUCUGCACUUGGCCUGCACUCAGGGAGCCUCUGAAGCCGUGAAGCUGAUGCUCCAGGCGUACGAGAGAGUGUGUGAUAUCAUCAACAUCACCGAUGGAGCGCUCCAAACACCGCUACAUAAGGCAGCCAUUUUCGACCACCAUGAGCUGGUGGAGUAUCUAAUCUCACAGGGAGCCGACAUCGACUUCACCGACUGCAAAGGCCACUCCCCCCUACUGCUAGCGACCAACUGUGGAGCGUGGAGAAGCGUGAACCUGCUGCUGUCACACGGUGCUGAUCUGAUGGUUAAAGACAAAGCUGGAUGUAACUUUCUGCAUCUCGCCAUCUUGCAGCCUCGCGGUCUGAAGAACCUUCCAGCUGAAGUUCUGCAGCACAAGAAUGUGAGAGAGCUGCUGAAUGAUGAAGACUCUGAGGGCUGCACUCCUCUUCACUAUGCCUGCAGGCUGGGAAUCCCUGACUCGGUGAAGAACAUGCUCGGCCUGGAGGUCUCCCUCGACCAGAAGUCCAAGCAGAAGAAAUCUGCCUUACACUUUGCAGCUGAGUAUGGGAGGAUCAACACGUGUCACCGGUUACUGGAGACCAUGUCCGACACACGUCUGCUGAAUGAAGGAGAUGAGAAGGGCAUGACGCCGUUACACCUGGCUUCACGCGGUGGCCAUGUUAAAGUGGUGGAGCUGCUCCUCAGGAAAGGUGCUCUGUUUCACAGUGAUUAUAAAGGCUGGUCCUGUUUACAUCACGCCGCGGCUGAGGGAUACACGCGGACCAUGGACAGCUUACUCAUCUCCAACAUCAAGCUCCUGGACAAAACCGACGGAGACGGAAACACAGCGCUGCACUUGGCUGGACGAGCUGGACAUGUUGCUGCUGUUCGUCUGCUGCUGAACCGAGGAGCUCAGAUCCUGCUGAACCGCAGCAACGCCUCCUUCCUGCAUGAAGCCAUUCACAACGGGAGGAAAGACGUCACCUGCGCCGUGAUCGGCAGCGACAGGUGUGAGGAAGCCAUCACCAUGUUUAAACUGAACUCAGCUAAGCGCUGUGCUGUCCUGGACAUGAUCGAGUUUCUCCCAGAGUGUUUCAAGCAUCUCUUAGAUACCUGCAUUAAAGAGUCUGAAGAAGACGUGAACUCCUGCAGCUACUACCUGGAGUAUAAUUUCCAGUGGCUACAGCAGCCGAUACAGUACGCUGUGAAGACGGAGAAUUCAGAGAAUGAAGACGAAUACAAACCCCUGGCUGCCCUGAACGCCAUGGUGGAGUUUAAUCGCGUCGACUUGCUGACCCAUCCAGUGUGCAAGAAAUAUCUGGAAAUGAAAUGGUGUGCGUAUGGAGUGAAAGCUCACCUGCUGAAUAUGAUCAUGUACACGCUGGGAGUUUUCCCGCUGACCUACCUGAUCGUCAAUCUGAGGCCCAACCUGAACGUGGAGAAAAACGUGACCACUGUCAACAUGGUCACUAAGAGUCUCAGCCAGCAGUGUUAUUUCAUCACAACCUGCAUGUUUCUGGUCCUCACCAUGAACUUAUAUGCAGUCGGUAAAGAAGUAGUGCAGAUGUGUCAGCAGAGGUUUAAGUACCUGCAGGACAUGUCCAACGUGGCGGACUGGGCGGCGGCCGUCUGCUCUCUGCUCUUCGUCAUUCCUCUCCUGCUGAACAUCCAGAGGUCAUGGCAUUGGCAGGCCGGAGCUCUGGCGUCUCUCAUGUCCUGGGUCAACCUGCUCCUCUACCUGCAGAGGUUUCAGAGGUUUGGGAUUUACGUGGUGAUGUUUCGUGAGAUCUGCCGGACACUGCUGAGCAUCAUUGUGAUAUUUGUCUAUCUGAUCCUGGCUUUCGCUCUGGCCUUCUACGCUCUGAUGAUUGAACAGAAACAUUUUGGCCGUCUGUUUCUCUCACUGAUGCAAACAUUUGCCAUGAUGGCAGGAGAGAUCAACUACCAGGACAACUUCCUGAAACCCUACAUGGCCCAGCGCCUUCCAUUCCCCAUGCUGACGUACAUGAUCUUCGUUUGGUUUGUCCUGCUCGUGCCGAUUCUGCUCAUGAACCUGCUAAUUGGUUUGGCUGUAGGAGACAUCGCAGAGGUGAAGAACAACGCCUGUUUGAAACAGAUAGGAAUGCAGAUUGAACUUCACACUAAUCUGGAGGAGCGUCUGCCUCAGUGGUUCAUGAAAAGAGUCGACCAAAUCUCCCUGAAGGAAUUUCCUAACAAGUGCUACAAAGGCAAGAGAUGGUUCAUCUGUGGACGUGAAGUGAACAAAGUGAGAGCACGACUCUGUUCCAGCACACGCCAGACCACACCGCUGGAGAGAGAGCUCAACAAACAGAAACAAAGACUGAAGGACCUCUCUGAGACCAUGGAGAAGCAGCACAACCUCCUGAAGCUGAUCGUGCAGAAGAUGGAGAUCAGCUCUGAGGCAGAGGAACACGACGGUCCUCGAGUCCUGCACGACUUCACACACAAACUCAGCGCCAAGAGCAAGUGGGGACCGCUCCUGCGUGCCGUUACGGCCAAGAGGAAGUGACAUCACGAUUCAGGAAAUGCAGACGCCGGUUUAGAAAGCAUGCAGAGUUUCAGACGAGGGCUUUUGCUGUUGAGCGGAUCCUCAAGACCACGUUAAAUAUAUACACAUCAUCUCAGGAUCCUGAGACGAGAAACUUCAUUACAGAGCCAUGUUCAUUUCCCUCACCUGCGUCCUGCUACGAAUAAAUGAAACUGUCAUGAUUUACAGGAAAUGAACCACUGCUCAGGAUCCGUCUGCUUUAAAUUAUUCAUUUGUUGAAACAGAACCAACUAAAUUUUAUUCGAAAACAUCACAGAAGGGUGCAAAAAGAAACACUGACUACAGUAGCGCAUGGAAUGAGGAUUAACAAACAAACAAAAACAAACAAACACACAAACUAAAACACCAAACAACUCGCCUCUAAUUCACACAACAUCUAUUCGGUAAUUAUUCAUUAUUCGUCUUUUACUGUAAAGUAGAUUGAACAACACGAAACAGCACAAAAAAAUCUAUUGUUAAGUUUUAGUUCAAAAAGUUGAAAUUAAUAAUCAUUCAU